GCCCACUGGUUGGGUGGAUCAAUCAGUCUUCUUCAGUGGCUUGGCUCUAGCGCAGGCGAGGAGGUUUUUGACUGAUCUGCUGAUCGUUGCUGGUGAUCUGCUGGCUGCUGGGUGUCUUGGACCGUGGAAUGGAAAACGUUAAGAUGACAUGAAUCUCGGAAGAAGCGCAGAAACUCCUGCGACGGUUCUUCGACCAGAACUUCCAUUCAAGAAUGCCCAUGGCUUGCACCAUCUUGCGCCAAUGCAUGUUGUUUCAGAUAUAUUUUUUGCAUCUCAGUAAUUAUAUAUGCUGACUUCUCACCUCCAGCUGGCCAUGCGCUAACAGCGCAGGCGAUGCCUGGUCCUCUCUUUAACUUUGCUGCCUUCCUUGGAGCCGCGGCGGGCUACAAGGCCUAUGCGACCAUCGGCGAGGGGAUCCUGGGCGCCGCGCUCUGUUGGUUGGGACUGUUUGGGCCGGGCGUGAUGCUGAUCUUUGGCAUUUUGCCCUGGUGGGGCCAGUUCCGCGCCAACGCCACCUACAAGCGAGCGCUGCCCGGCCUCAACGCCGCUGCGGUGGGUCUCCUGUGUGCGGCCCUGGUGCAGAUGGGCGCGGCGGUGCGGGAGAAGAAUACGAAGCCCUUGGGACCGAUCCCCCGAGAAGCAUCCACCUGCAUUGGCUUGAUGGCAUUCUGGGGAGUGCACUGGCUGAAGUUCAAGGAGAUGCCAAUCUUAACGCAGGUGCAAGCACCUCUGGUGGUGGUGGCCAGUGGCAUUUUUGGUCUUUUGGCCGGCGUGUUGGAGAUGCGCUGAGGAUCGCACUGAGUGGCUCCGGUGGCGGUUUCUGCGUGGCGGUUCGUGGGUUCUCUUGCGAUGGCCCCAGAGGUGCAAGGGGCCCACGACGCUUCCCCGGCUUGAUUGUAGA